UUGUGUGCCAAAGAAAUUGCUCCAAAACGGAUGCGUGAACUUGAGGAGGAGGUUCCUGUUCUAUUAUGCAAGCUUGAGAAAAUGUUCCCACCAGGCUUCUUCAAUGUAAUGCAACACCUGAUAGUGCAUCUUCCAUAUGAGGCAAGGGUUGGCGGCCCUGUGGCAUAUCGUUGGAUGUAUGUUUUUGAGAGGGCAAUGCACUAUCUUCGUUUAAAAGUGCGAAACAAGGCAAGAGUGGAGGGUUCAAUCGUUGAAGCUUGUAUUGUGCAGGAGAUCACGAAUUGUGUUUCUCUUUACUUUAGUGAUCAUGUUCGCACAAUAUGGAAGAAGAAUCCUCGAUAUAAUAAUGGAGGAACACGCGUGCAGAAUGAUGGUUGCACCUUAGAUGUAUUUCAGCAUGUUGGAAACCUACAUGGGAGGCCUAUUGCCCGAGAACUAUCGCGUGAAGAGUUGAAUGCAGCAAGGCUGUACAUUUUGACUAACUGCUCUGCUGUUGAUAGAUUUCGUGAAACAUAUGAAGAUGAAAAAUAUGCAAGUCAUCCAAACUUGCCAUCGGAGGGCCUUGAUGAAAUGAUGGCAUCCGAAUUUGUGGAAUGGUUCGAGAUUGCUUGCAAAGAAGAUCCCAAUUCUGAUGAGGACUUGUGGAAUUUAGCUAAUGGAUGCAGCUCUAGAGCCUAUUCCUAUAGCUCCUAUGAUGUGAAUGGCUUUCGCUUCAGAUCAGAGAUAUCUGAGAAAAAACGUAGAAGGUUGAAAACGGUGAACACAGGGGUUUGUUUGUCAUCCUUCAUCUCAGAGACUGAACAACUUGAGUACUAUGGUGUCAUUGAGGAAAUUAUCAAAGUAUCCUUCACAGCUGGUAGAAAAAUUGAGAUGGUACUCUUCAAAUGCCGUUGGUUUGACCCCAUCAAGGGUGUGAAGCCAAAUGCAAAAUUAGGUUUGGUGGAGAUAAAGUGGUCUUCAAGGCUAAGUAAUUUUGAACCAUUUGCCAUGGCUCACCAAGCUACGCAAGCUUAUUACUUGCAUUACGCAUACUCCAGGAGAGAUCUUCGUGAUUGGAGGGUUGUUUACACUAUUCAGCCAGGUACCAGCUUGAGUAACUUUGAUGACUGCGCAAAUGACCCAUCUACUACAGAUGAAUAUUUCCAGGAAGGUGGUCAGCUAGGUAGUUUUUCUGUAGAUGGUGGCAAAUUUGUUGAUGAAUCUACUGAGCCAAGAAAGGAGUCAGAUGAUGUGGAGCUUGAUCCCUCUGAAAUUUAUUGGCGUUUCAAGUGUGAUCCAUCGGAGCAAGAGAAGGCAGAUGGUGUUUUGGAGGAGAACUUAACUAGGAAAGUGAAGCAGAUGCUACAUGAGGAAAAGGCGGCAGCCAUCAAAAGAUUAAAGAAGAAGGGACAAUUGCCUACAGAACUAACAGAAGAGGAUGAGGAUGGUAACCGCUGGCCAACUAAGGAAGCUUUAAUUUCUGCAAAGAGAGUUGACUUUGGUAUAGACGUUGGUUGGCAUCUACUAUGUGAGCACUGGAAUAGUACUGAAUUUAGAGGGUUAUCUUUAACCAACAAAAGGAACAGACUUGCUAAUGGGGACACGGUCUUCCAUUGCAGUGGUGCUAGAAAUGUUGUCGCCACACGUCAAUUUCUGAAACUCAAAACCGGGAAAGACCCUGGAAUUUCUGGUGCUUGGCUUCACACGCACAAAUUGCAUCGAGGGACUGAUGAAGAGCAGAUAUGCAGUCAAAGAACUGCUGAUCAUUGGGAGGAUUUUGAUAAGGCAAUGAAAAAUGCCCAUGGAGAAAAUUGGGAAGAGGAGCACCCGGAUUUAGAUGGACAAAUCAUCUACGAAGCAGCAGGCAGAAUGCCACAUGGCAGGCUGGGAAUUGCUAAUGAGUUGUUUAGCAAAGCAGAGAAGGCGAAGUUUAAGUCUAAAAGGGCGAUGGCCUCACAGCCGGUGCAAUCUGCUAAGGAGGAGCGUCUAGAAAGAGAAAACAAAUAUUUGAAGCAGGAGAUCAAGCGUCUUCGAGGCAUUGAGCUUGUUGUUCAGUCUUUGGCUGAGAAAGGGGGAGUCGACUUUGAUGGCAUAAUGCAAUCAGCAACAAAUGACUUGGUAAGUUAUACCCAUCUGAAUUGUAGGCUUUCAGCAAUUGAACCCAUUAAGUAA